AUGGAUAGACGGAAUUUCGUCAUCCUCCGUAACAUUCUUAGGACGAUCGGUCGUCUGGCAGCACCUACUCAAUGCGUUGAAGUCCAAGAGAUGGUGGCAAAUUUUCUCCACAUUUUGGCGCACGACGUUAAGAAUCGAGUAGUCGGACGACAGUAUGCACGGUCUGGUGAAACUGUUUUGAGGCAUUUUAGGUCCAUUCUGACCGUAAUACUACAACUUCAUGAGUUACUACUGAAAAAAUCGGAACCUAUCACGAGCGACUACACUGACAGUAGAACUGUCUUGGGUGCAUUGGAUGACACAUACAUAAAGGUCAAUGUAAGUGCAGUUGAUCGUCCCCACUAUCGUACUCGAAAAGGUGAGAUAGCCUUGAAUGUGCUUGUCAUCUAUUCACCAACUGGUGAGUUCAUAUUUGUCCUGUCGGGUGGGAAGGGUCUGCAGCCGAUUCUAGAGUGCUUAGGUUAUUAUUACCCAUGUGAUGCUAAAUAUCCCAAUGUCGAAGGAUUCUUGACACCAUAUAGGGGAGAGCAGUACCCUCUUUCAGAAUAG